AUGUUGGUGCUCCUGACCUUUUGUGCUUUCAUUUCGCAAGCCUCAUCAGCAACAGAUCCAAUGCCCCAUCAAGUGAUGCAAAACUGGGAUCGGAAUGCCUGUUCCUUAGUUGUAUGUGGACCAGCUGAGAAAGGGUUGCCAGGGAGAGAUGGAAGGGAUGGAAUCCAAGGACCUAAGGGGGUCAUGGGAGAGCAAGGAUUGCAAGGACCAAGAGGGAUAGUUGGUCCUCCAGGGAAAAUUGGCCCGGUUGGACCAGCAGGAGAAAAAGGAUCCCAAGGAAUACAAGGAGAAAAGGGAGAUGUUGGUGAAAUGGGACCACGUGGAAUCCGAGGUUUGCAAGGUCCAUCAGGAAGUCCCGGCCCCUCUGGAGCAAAAGGCGACAGAGGCCUUCAAGGUGAAAAAGGUGUAAAUGGAGCAACAGGACCGAUGGGAGCCACUGGUGCACCAGGUCCCAAAGGCACAACAGGAGCCCCUGGGCCAAAAGGGGACAAAGGGUCAGUGGGUGAAAAAGGAGCCAAAGGAGACAUGGGAGACAGAGGAUUACAAGGAGAUACUGGAAAACAAGGCCCAAUGGGGAAAACAGGUUCUCCUGGUCUAAAAGGCGAUAAAGGUUCUGUAGGAGAAAAGGGGACAAAGGGCGACAGCGGCCUCUCUGAGGUCACCCUUCUGAAAAAACAAGUCAGUGUCCUGCAAGGGCAGCUAACGGCGCUGCAAGCCAGUCUCUCCAAGUACCAAAAAGUUGCUGCAUUCCCAAGUGGCCGAAUUGUUGGCAACAAAGCCUUUGUGACCAGUGGCUAUGAAGGCAACUUUGAUGACCUGAAGCAAAGGUGUCUGCAGGCGGGUGGCCAGCUUGCUUCCCCCAGGAAUGCGGCUGAGAAUGCUGCAAUCCAACAGAUUGUUAUUCUCCAUAACAAGCCGGUGUUUCUUGGGAUAAAUGAUAUUCAGACGGAGGGGAGAUUUACGUACCUGAAUGGUGAUGCCAUUGUUUACUCCAAUUGGCAGCAAGGAGAACCAAAUAACGACAAGGGGAGAGAGAACUGUGUGGAAAUCUUUGUGAAUGGCAAAUGGAAUGACAGGUCCUGUGGAGAGAAGAGGCUAAUACUUUGUGAAUUUUAG